AUUGGUUAUUUUUUGCAAUAGUGAUGGUGUAGAAAUGAAGGUAUUUUAUUCCUUUUGUAUUCUGGUAUUGGUGAUCUAUUGUACACAUCUCUCAGAUAUUCGCGCACAGAAUUCCACGUGCGGCGUACCCCCGGAAUGUUGUCAGGGUUAUAAAUGGGACAACAAUAGUGCACAGUGCAGUCCUUGUGACUAUCCUCAAUUUGGAACCACGUGCGGAUCUACCUGUCAGUGCCCACGAAAGAAUUGCCAUCAUAAAUAUGGAUGUCAAAACAACGGAUGUCCAGUAGGUUUUUAUGGCACUUACUGUGAACGUCACUGUCGAUAUCCGAAUUACGGAAGAGAAUGCCAGCUGGGAUGUUCAUGUGACAAAGAACGGUGUAAUCACGUGACGGGAUGUACAGAUGAUAUCAGCGCCGCUGAGAACAGCACCGCUGUGUCCGAGCCAUUCUCCCACAAUAGAAGUAUGCAAAAUGAGACCGAAAUGAACAUUCUAUAUAUUUCAUCUGACGUCACACAAGGAGGAAGGAUGCAGCCACUCAUGUCAAUGUGGGAAGAAAUGAACAUGAGACACAAAGUGAUGCUCAUUUCCAUAGCUUUCAUCGGAGUAAUCCUCUUGAUCAUUUUAGGUGUUUAUAUCAAACUGAUCGUCAGUAAGCAUGCCAGUGUGCGCUAUUAUCAAUUUAAGAUUCGUCGUUCUCAAAAAGUGAAAACUUCAAAUGAAACAUCGUUCCUGUGACAUCCUUUUCAUAGACAAUUUUGGAAAAUGUAAAUGGAGUGGAAACUAGGCAUGUGACUGUGGUUAUUAUGUCAGUACUAUGUCAUUCUGUUUGUACUACGUAAUUCUGUUAGUGCUAUGUAAUUCUGUUAGGAGUAUGUCACUGUUAGUACUAUGUAAUUUUAUUAGUACUAUAUAAUUCUGUUAGUACUAUGUCAUUUUGUUAGUACUAUGUCACUGUUAGUAGUAUGUAAUUCUGUUAGGACUAUGUCACUGUUAGUACUAUGUAAUUCUAUUAGGACUAUGUCACUGUUAGUACUAUGCAAUUCUGUUAGGACUAUGUAAUUUUGUUAGUGCUUUGCAAUUCUGUUAGGACUAUGUCACUGUUAGUACUAUGUCACUGUUAGUACUCUGUAAUUAUGUUAGGACUAUGCCACUCUUAGUACUAUGUAAUUUUGUUAGUGCUAUGUACUUUUGUUAGGAGCAUGUCACUGUUAGUACUAUGUAAUUUUGUUAGUACUAUGUAAUUCUUUUAGUAUUAUGUAAUUCUGUUAGUACAAUGUAAUUCUGUUAGGAUUAUGCCACUGUUGGUACUAUGUAAUUCUGUUAGUACAAUGUCACUGUUAGUACUAUGUAAUUCCGUUAGGACUAUGUAAUUCUGUCAGUACUAUAUAAUCAUGUUAAUACUAUAUAAUUCUGUUAAUACUAUAUAAUUCUGUUAGUACUAUGUAAUUCUGGUAGUACUAUAUAAUCAUGUUAAUACUAUAUAAUUCUGUUAAUACUAUAUAAUUCUGUUAGUACUAUAUAAUUAUGUUAGAACUAUGUAAUUCUGUUAUUAUUAUCUUUUAUAAGCUUAAUGAGACUUUGUAAGUCCGUUUAGGCUAUUUAAGCUUGCUAUCUAAGACUAUACGUAAAUGUUCAUUGAAUAAAUCAUUUCAUAAGAAACGUUUGAUUUUAGAAUGAUAUACGGUGUACGUUUUAUGCAUGAAAUUAAAACA